AUGUCAUGGGUCAGGGACAUAACUCUUUUCAAAGCUCUACUUAUUGUCUACUGCCUUAACGUGGUCGCGUGGGGAGGCAUGAUUUUUCUGUUGCUCUGCGACGCCGCCCCUGCCAUGUAUAUCCUGAACGCCCUGUUUUGUCUGCCGGCGUUUGGGCUGGCCCCGCGACGAUCUCGCGGGGCCUGGCAGCUGGUUCGGUACGCCCUUGAAGGAAGCUCCGAGCCGCUGCGACGCCUGGCAGCGACAUAUCGAACGUGGUUUCGGCUUCCAGGCUCGCAGACACUGCCAGUCGACGUCAGCCCUGCUAAAGUUGAGCCGUGGCUGUCUCAGUCAUCGUCACUGAAGGACAUGGUGCCUUAUCCUGUGCGGUGCAUCCCGGAAGCACCUCCUUCAGGGCGACGAGCAAUGCCGACCCCGUUGUGGAGGUUGGGAACUGUAGUGGGGUUGAAUUUGAUGAACACGCUAUUUCAGGCCAUCCUCUCGGGAUUCAUGUGGUGUUACAAUCGGCAUACUCGACCCCCUUGGUCUGUCGGGCUCUUUCUCUGCCUGGCAUUCGCCUCCUCAACGGCUGCCGGCGUUCUCGGGUUUAUCGAGGUCAGAAGGGUGAAGAAGGUGGAGGGAAACACUAGGUGGAUGGCGGUGGGUGCCGAGGCUGAGGAACAAGAACUUGGGUGUCAAAAUCGACUAUAG